UUUCAGUUCCAUUCAGACGUAUCGAUCAUCAGCACGGAUCGAUUCCCGCCACUCCUCCUAGUGAGGAUCGACUCGGACUCACGAGGAGAAUCUUUCACUUCAGUUGACUCAGGGCGGCGCCGCACUUCCGGGUUGGCGCACCUGACGAGCACGCGGCGUGACGUCACGCAGGUGUCCGCAGAGAGCGAGGACGCGAUUCAGACUGAAGAGGAGCAGCAGGACCAGGACCAGGACCAGGACCAGGACCAGGAGGAGAACCAGAGACUGAGGAGGAGCAGCAGGAGGUCGAUCAGCUGUGGUUUCUCUCAUGGAGUCCGCAGAUGGAGCCAGGGGGCGGCGCUCGCCGCUGGACGUCAUCAUGAGUCAGAUCCGCAGGAAGCGCUCGGCGCCGGACAGGAAGCCGUCGGGACGAUCCCUGUCCCGGAGCGGGAUCCCCGAGGACGGCGGUGUGUGUGCGGACCCUGACCUUCACGUCGGUUGGGGUCAGGUGUGUGUUUUCCUGCAGAAACUCGGAAAAACCGCCGACAGCCGAAGCCUCAGUGUGUCUCACUGUGACCUGACCGCGACGGAGCUGCUGGAGCUGGCCUUGCUGCUGCAGUUCCUUCCCCAGCUGGAGGACCUGGACCUCUCCUGGAACGAGCUGAUUGGUGGAUGUCUGACAGCGUUGACCUCUCACCUCCACCAUGUGGGCGGAGUCAGGACACUGAGACUGAGCAGCUGCAGGCUGAACGCCGCCGACGUGUCUGCCCUGGCUGAAUCUCUGGCCGGCGUUCCCUUCCUGGAGGUCCUCAGUUUGUCCUGGAACAGCGGCGUUGGAGGCGGAGCUCUGCACGGCCUGCUGGAUAAGCUCCACCCCCCUCUGAGGGAGCUCCACCUGGUGGCCUGUCAGCUGACUGCAGCCGAUGCCGCGGCUCUGGGACGGACCCUGACCUCCCUGCCCAGACUGUCCCUGCUGGACGUGUCCUGUAACCCCCAGCUGGCCACGGAAUCGAGCCCGGACCCGCUGAGGGAGCUGUGCUCAGUCCUGGCCCACAGCGCCGCCCUGGAGGUGCUGCGCCUGCAGGACUGCGGUCUGAGCGGCGAGCAGCUCCCGGCUCUGGGUGGGGCGCUGCGCGGCGUCCCCCUCUUGCGGGAGCUGGACCUGUCCCGCAACAAGCGCCUGACUGGAGCGCUGGGCACGCUCACCAGCCACCUGGCCCUCCUCUCACACCUGGAGAGCCUGGACCUGCACCUGUGCAGCCUGACGCAGGACGACCUGCAGGCCCUGAUCCAGGUGCUGCCCGCUCUGAGCGCGCUCUCUGAGCUCGACGUCUCGUCCAAUCAGGAGGCAGGGGGCGUGGUCAACCCGCUAGUCUCCGCCCUCACGCUGGAACAGAUGAGGCGUCUGCCGCUCAACAACUGCAGCCUGAACGAGGAGUCCUUCACCGCCCUGACCCUGGUCGUCCCAUCCCUCCUGGCGCUGGACCUGUCCUGGAACAAGGUGGUUGGGGGACGGCUGCCGCUGCUGCUGGACGCUCUGCAGCCGUCCGUCCUGCUGGAGCUCCGCCUCAGCAGCUGUGACCUGAGCACCGAUGACCUGCAGCACCUGGCGGUGGCGUGCCGGCGCGGCUGCCUGUCGUCGCUGCGCCUGCUGGACCUGUCCUAUAACGGCGCGCCGGGCGGCGCCGGCUGGGCCGCCGUCUUCUCGGCAGGGGGUCUGGGCUCGCUGGAGGACCUGGACGUCAGCCUGCGACCUUCGACCUGGGCGCCGUGCUCGGCCUGGCUGGCGCCGUUGCUCGCCGCCCUGCCCGAGAUGCCGGCGCUGGCCCGGCUGGCGGCGCGGCGCUGGACCGCCGGCACCGAGGAGCGGCGCCGCCUGCUGGACGGCCUGAAGAGGAGGAGCGUCCUGCUGGAGUGGGACCCCGACAGGACCGAGCCCAAGGGGGGCGGCGAGGGCCGGGCCGAGGAGUGA